GUGAAGCUCCAUUUUAUGGAGAUUCAGUUUUCUGAUGAAGAACUAUACAAGCGUCUCGGCAGACGCAUAUUUGAUGUCUAUGUUCAGGGAGAAUUGUUCUUGAGGGACUUUAACAUCAAAGAGGAGGCUAAUGGAGCUUUGAAACCUAUUAUGAAAGAAAAGAAAGCUGUGAAUGUGACCGAUCAUAUGUUAGAGAUUCGUUUGUAUUGGGCGGGGAAAGGGACAACUCUCAUUCCUGAAAGAGGAAAUUAUGGUCCUCUUAUCUCUGCUAUCUCCUUGUGUCACAGUCAGGAGCCACGAUGUGGAGGUCCAAAAACAAAAAGAAACUACUUCAAAACAGAACAUCAUACUAACUAUCCCCUAAUUAUUGGGGUCACGGUUGCCUCGGUUACAAUUAUUCUCUUGGCUUUGGGAAUAAAUGCAUGGAAAAGAUGCAGAGGAGAAAAGAACAUAACAGAACGAGAACUGAGAGCACAGGGUCUGCAAACACUAUGCUUUACUUGGAGGCAACUACAAGCUGCAACAAACAAUUUUGAUGAAGCCAACAAACUUGGAGAAGGAGGUUUCGGAUCCGUAUUUAAAGGAGAGCUGUCAGAUGGAACUAUCAUAGCUGUCAAGCAGCUUUCUUCCAAGUCAUGCCAAGGAAACCGCGAGUUUGUGAAUGAGAUAGGAAUGAUCUCAGGUCUGAAUCAUCUAAACCUUGUCAAGCUUUAUGGUUGCUGUGUCGAGAAGAAUCACUUGCUGCUUGUGUAUGAGUACAUGGAAAAUAACUCCCUUGCUCUUCAGCUGCUUGGAAAGGGUUCCUUGAAACUGGACUGGGCAGCAAGACAAAAAAUCUGUGUCGGAAUCGCAAGAGGGCUUGCCUUCCUCCACGAAGGAUCAGCCAUAAGGAUGGUUCACCGUGACAUUAAAACAACUAAUGUGCUUCUAGACGCUGACCUUAACGCAAAGAUAUCUGAUUUUGGAUUGGCUAGGCUCCAUGAAGCAGAACACAGUUACAUUAGCACAAAAGUUGCAGGAACCAUUGGUUAUAUGGCUCCAGAAUAUGCAUUAUGGGGUCAACUAACAGAGAAAGCAGAUGUGUACAGCUUCGGGGUUGUGGCAAUGGAAAUUGUUAGUGGAAAGAGUAAUACGAAACAGCAGGGAAUUGCUGAUAACGUCUCUCUUAUCAAAUGGGCGAUGACGCUGCAACAGACAGGGGACAUAAUGGAGAUCGUAGAUCCAAUGCUCGAAGGUGAGUUCAACAGCAAUGAAGCAGUAAGGAUGAUCAAAGUUGCUCUUGUUUGCAUAAACUCAUCACCUUCCUUAAGGCCAACAAUGGCAGAGGCUGUGCAAAUGCUAGAGGGAGAGAUCGAAAUUACCCAGGUUAUGUCAAGUCCUGGUUUAUAUGGACCCAACUGGAGCAUCUCAAAGCUGAGGGAUAUUAAUACACAUGGUAGCUCGAGCACGUAUGGUGUCACCGAUCAUCAAAUGACAACAACAGUGACCUCCUCUGCUUCUGGUUGUGAUCUCUACCCAUUAUACCCAGAAUCCAUGAUCUUAAACUCGACAGUAGAGUUCUCUUCCUCAUUGUAAUAUCAAAAGCUAUGCACAUUGAAACCUUACUAUUAUCAUCGUUAACAUAGAUCCAAAAACACAUCUAUAUGAAUGUUUGUAAAACUUGAACUAUACCUUUCUAUAUGAAACUCUCAAGUGCUCACUGGAUCAAAUUCUCUUUCGUCUCAGUUUGGUUGAACACUUUUCUGAACUCAUUUAGAUCAAUUUCUCUCCAUGAUUGAGUUAUUGACUUGGAUGGCAUCCAAGGACGAGUAACUUGACGAUCAUUUAACCAAAUCUAAAAACGUACUGCUAAUAUAAAUGAUUCAGAAAAAGAUGUCUCUAUAAGUUUAGAUACUCUUUAUCUCAACUUGUUUUGAAUGAAAACAUAUUCGAGUAGAGGAAAAUGUAGCUCACCAGUAAUCGUUGCACCGGCAGACGCCGUUUUUUAAGUAGUGGUAUCUCUUUGCAUCUCGCUUAAUCAGUUCUCUGCCAGUUAUCAUAGACAUCAACUUCAUUACAUUGUGGCAAUCCUUACAAAUGCGCAUAUUAGUUAGCACAGUGAUUGAAGAUCGAGGUUUUGAGUUAAGAAGUCUUCUAACAACCGCGAGUUCCUCGUUGUAACCAUAAAUCCGUUCUUUAUUCUCCAUCACCAGGAUUAAAGUACGAUAAAACCUCGUAUCAGGAACAUAACCCAUUUCUUUCAUUUGUGACCUCAAACUCAUUAGUGUCUCGUAGAUGACAUUUGUUUCUUCAUGUGAAAUAUCUUCCGGUCUCCAUGUAUAAGAAUACUGUUAAUACGAGCGACAGCUCGGCGCCUCUUUCACAAAGUCCGAUGCUUUGGUUGCUACAAGACCUGCCCUCGACACUUUGUCCAAUCUCGUGGCAUCCAACUUCUCAACCAGCUCAGCACAUCUAUCUCCAAGCUCAACAUCUCCAUGAACCCGAGAAAGAUUCAUGACUGUUUCCCACACAUCAACACUUGGUUCCAUGGGCAUUCUCAUAACAAAGUCCAGUGCCUCAUCCCCAAGUAACCAGAUGUUGCCAACAUCUUGGUAACACUCUGGUAGUGUUCCAUGGAAGGUACGAUUCCAUAGUCUCUGCACAUAGCUUCAAAUUGUAAUAAUCCUUCUUCAACAUCUCCUGUCAAACAACACGCAGCAAAUACUUCUUUUAAUAUUUCCCCAUCUGGUUUGUUCCCUUCUUGUUUAAAACGAGUAAACAAAUCAAUAGCUGCAUCACCGUAUCCGUUGCUAACAAAUCACCUCAUCAUAACACACCAAGUGAUCUCCAAAUCUUUUUUAGGCAUUUCGUCGAACAUUUCACAUGCAUCAUCAACAGAACCACAAACAGAGUACAUCUCCAUGAUCACAUUGCGAGACCUAACAUCAAAGGGAGAAACCAGAGCAACGAUACACUCAUGAACAACCUUUGCUUCUUC